AUGCCUGGUCUCAGCUACUCGCCCACGCCUACAGAAUCAUCACUUGGGGAUCGAGAUAUCAACCAUGUGUCCGCUAAUGCCUGGUCUCAGCUACUCACCCACGCCUACAGAAUCAUCACUUGGGGAUCGCACUAUUCAGAUAUCAACCAUUUGUCCGCUAAUGCCUGGUAUCAGCUGCUCGCCCAUGCCUACAGAAUCAUCACUUGGGGAUCACACUAUUCAGAUAUCAACCAUGUGUCUACCAAAAUCGCCUAUGCCUACAGAAUCAUCACCACUUGGGGAUCGCACUAUUCAGAUGUCAACCAUGACCACCAUGGAUGGGAUAGGCCCACAAUCAGUUAUGGGAAGGACCACGGAGGAUGGGAUAGCCCCACAAUCAAUUUUGGGAAGGACCAAGGUGGAUGGGAAAGGCCCGCAAUCAAUUUUGGGAAGGACCACGGAGGAUGGGAUAGGCCCGCAAUCACCUUUGGGAAAGACCACGGAGGAUGGGAUAGCCCCGUAAUCAAUUGCGGGAAGGACCACAGAGGAUGGGAAAGGCCUGUAAUCAAUUAUUGGAAGGACCAUGGUGGAUGGGAUAUGCCCAUAAUCAAUUAA